AUAGCUACAAUUGUUAAACACUUUGCUUUAGCAGUGAGUGUGUGAGUUCGUGACUUGCGCUUUCAAGUGAUGUAACUGGUGAAAUCAUGGGUGUUUUCUUUUUUUUAAAUUUGUCUUUUUUUCCAUCUUGUUUCUCUGACAUUCAGUGAAACUUGCUUGUUGUAACUUGUCCACAUCAUGAGACUGAAAUAUUCCCUAAAGAUGCACAGUCAAAAAAUGUUCGAUGACGAUGAUGAAGUGUUUUUCCACCUUUCCCCUUUCCCGAGGUAAAUUACUGGACAUUUCAGGAAUUAAGAAAGUUUUUUUUAAUAUUUAUUGUGUAAAAUAAAGGUGACACUGAGCAUUGCGGUCAGCUUGCCUGAGUGGCAGCUCACACAGAUGAUUUUUUAAAAAGUAGAUCUUUAUUCUCAUGCUUCCUUUUCUUUUUUUUAUCUUAUCAAUUCGUCCAUGUGACACUCAACUUUAAAUGACCUAAAAAUGGACCGAUUUGUGAGUAUAGAGUAUAGAAAUAGAAAGACACAAAGGAAAAGCAGUUUAAAAGCAUGAUGAUAACAAGCGAGGGGGGGGGGAGAGAAGGCAGUCCUAUUUUAGUUUCACAGUGAAUGACAUGUCUUUCUGACUUUUUCUGAAUCAUAUAGCUUACCACAAGAUGCUGAGACAUGAGUAAGAGAGAGAGCGAGACGGUAGAGAGAGGGAAAAAAAGUCCAGAGCAUCUGAAACUGAAAGCAAGAACAUGAGAAUAUAUAGUGUUUGUGAGUGCCAGUAAAGCAUGAAAUUAUCUUGCUAGAAGUGGCACUACUCCACUACUCACUACUCCUCCAAGAUGACGGUUUGGAAAGCUCUCUUCCUCCUUUUUUGUAUGCUGGACUGCAUGGAGCAAUCCGCUUCAUUACCAGUUGCUCAGACUAAUUCCCUGUAUCUUAAUUGCUUCAAGCAUACGAGGUCCACUCGAACUCGUGUGCAACAGCUGCUAGGGAAAUAUAAGGAGCAGCAGCUGGGAAACGGGCAGUUUGAGGACAGAAGCCGACACUUGAAGGACCUGCCCUCCCUUUCCACUGAAUUUUAUCGGUGGAUUAAUCUGACGGAGUGGGAACGACUGCAUGCCGCUUUCUGGGACAUGCAAACCUACUGGAAUAUGCUGGAGUGGAAGAGAAUACAGCUGGAGAACGAGGAGAAAGAUCAGAAGAUGGUGCAGGAGGCUCGGACAACUCUAACUCAGAACAUUAGGCACAUUCAGCUGGACUUGCGGGACCUGAUUAGCCAAGUUAGCACUCAGAUGAGCUCUUUGAGAAACUCUUGGAUAAGGCCAGCAGCUGCUACGGCACAAACAGCCCUGAACCCAGCAAGCAGGUCCAGGACAGUAUGGGACAGCCGAGUGGAAGGUUACAUCAUCCUGAGGGAUCUGGACCUUUACCUCACCAAGCUGGCAAGAGACUUUCUUUUACUGGCUACGAAAAUACAGUUAUGACUCAAAACUGAAAAAAAGACAACACACACACACGCACAGAGUCAAAGAGAAAAAAGGAAGAAAUAGUUGAACUGACUCUCAGCACUUUGAUCAAACUGGAAUGAUUGUGAUAUUUUUCAUUCAAGUGUUUUUGUUAAUAUUUCGCGAGGGCCUCUGAUUAUUGCGAGUCUGCUUUUUAUUUCUUCUAACUUUAAGGGCUUUCUUGGGUAUUUCCCAGAGUUUCUGUCUCACCUCUGACUGUAAGUUAGACAUAAGCUUUCAGAACGGCGAGAAUGCUUCCCAACAUCCUGUUUUUCCACCCACGCCCUCGAUCUAGUGGACUUUCCAAAGAUAUUUUGCUAUUUAUUGAAAUAUUUAUUACAAUGCUAUUUAUUUCAAAGUGGUUUAUUUUAAGUCUCUUGCAAUAUGUAAUACAGUGUUUUACAGAAGACAUUUUAUAUUUGAUAAAUAUUUUGUAUUUUUUUCAAUAAAGAGUUACAGCAUUUGAAA